GUGAUGUCGCGUCACCGGCAACGGUGUCCAGCCAGUAAUGCAGAGGAUCUGAUCCUCCGCCACCACCCACUUGUUCUUUCCGUAGCCUCCUCCCGUCUCCUCCUCUUCCUCCCCUUUCCUCUCCUCCGUUCCCCUCGUCUCUCCCUCCCCCGAUCCAAAUGGUGCCUCCGCAAUCCGCUCCCCACGGUCUCACGUAGCCACGGUUUGCCCCUGGUCCCUCGCCCGCCGCUCCGUUCGCUUCUGUUCAAGGCUUGUUGUAUUUAGUUUAUCUUGACCAACAUUACUUCACAUGCUAUUUGUACAGUCAGAGGAGGAAGUUUUGAAGUUUCAGCACAACUGCGUUUACUGUGCUUGACUUUCAGUAGAUGUCGUUCCGUAGCAUUGUGCGUGAUGUAAGGGAUGGCUUUGGGAGCUUGUCUCGAAGAGGAUUUGAGGUGAAGCUUCUGGGCCAUCGCAGAGGGAAAUCUCAUGGUGCUGUUCAUGAGUUGCAUGAUCCAGCCCCAGUGAUUCAGAGCAGUUGCUGGGCUAAUUUGCCUCCUGAAUUGCUUCGAGAUGUGAUUGAGAGGCUGGAGGCCAGUGAAGCUACAUGGCCUUCCAGGAAGAAUGUAGUUUCUUGUGCGGCUGUUUGUAGAACCUGGAGAGAGAUGUGUAAAGAGAUUGUUAAGAAUCCAGAGUUUUGUGGGAAGAUCACAUUUCCUGUUUCCCUGAAGCAGCCUGGCCCUCGAGAUGGAACCAUCCAGUGCUUCAUCAAAAGGGAUAAAUCUACCCAAACUUACUACUUAUAUCUGUGUCUUAGCUCAGCUGUGCUCGUUGAAAAUGGCAAGUUCCUCCUAUCUGCGAAAAGAACAUCCCGUCCAACUUGUACAGAAUAUACAAUAUAUAUGAAUUCUGACAAUGUGUCUAGGUCAAGCAAAAUGUACAUCGGAAAGCUGAGAUCAAAUCUCCUUGGCACAAAGUUUGCAGUCUAUGAUACUCAGCCUCCAUGCAGUGCUGCCAAUGUUUCACAACCUGGGAAAACAAGCCGUAGGUUCUACUCCAGGAAGGUGUCGCCAAAGGUCCCUUCCAGCACCUACAGCAUAGCGCAGGUUUCAUAUGAGCUAAACGUCUUGGGUACUCGGGGUCCUAGGCGGAUGAACUGUGUGAUGCACUCCAUCCCUGCAUCAUCCCUUGAGGUUGGUGGCACUGUUCCAUGCCAGCCAGAGAGUGUCCUUGCCCGCUCCAUUGAUGAGUCAUUUGGUAGCAUUUCCUUCUCCAAAUCAUCUGUUGUGGAUCAUUCAAUGCGUUUCAGCAGCACACGGUUAUCUGACAUCUCAACGAGCAGCCACAGGAUCGGAAACAUGUUGUUGGGUGACAAUGAUGAGUGCAAGGAGAGGCCAUUGGUUCUCCGAAACAAGGCCCCAAGAUGGCACGAGCAGCUGCAGUGUUGGUGCCUCAAUUUCAUGGGCAGGGUAACUGUUGCGUCUGUCAAGAACUUUCAGCUUGUUGCCGCGACACAGCCUGCUGCUGGAGCCCCGACAUCUUCACAGGCUGCCCCAGCACCACCACCUGAGCAUGAAAAGGUGAUACUGCAAUUCGGGAAGGUGGCCAAGGAUAUGUUCACAAUGGACUACCGUUAUCCGCUGUCAGGCUUCCAGGCCUUUGCAAUCUGCCUGAGCAGCUUCGACACCAAGCUGGCAUGCGAAUAAAGCCAUCAGUGCCGCAUUGUCGGUGAUUAUGUUUCAUGAAGACGCCGGCCCUGAAAUUUUGCGGGGCCGCCAUUCUGUUGUAUGUUGUUGAUGCCUUAACUUGUAGCUCCCUAGAAAGCAACGUUUAGCCAUUUCCACCUGAUCUACAGACUACAGCUGAUGCUGCUGUGUUUUUAAUACUACCUUUGCACUGUGGAGUAGCAUCUUGGCCUGCCCUUAACUAGCUGGCAGAUUAGAUUUAAUUGGGCUUUUCUUACUAUGGUUGUGGCAGCUGAGACUGAGAUGAGAGUUUGACAUUUCCAUCUGUGCCCAACCUCAGAUUGUAUGCCUGCUGAGGUGGUGACGCGCAAAUGUGCAUCAUGUAGAAUUUUGAAUUGCCUUGUCACAAGUCAUUGCAAUAAAAAGGAUUAACUUCCAUUUGCUUCCCAAAAAAUUGGGCGGUUGUA